UUUCACCUUUCGAUAUGUUGUGUGGUAAACAAUAAAAAGUGAUGUUAACAAUCGCAUAUUUUUCCAGAACCGGCCUGAAGAAAAAACCACCCAGCGGUUAUACGUUAGGCGUGAUGAACCACCUGAAAUGCUGCAUAGGAUCAGGAAUUUUCACAUUGGGAUUCGCUUUCAAGAAUGCGGGAAUGGCAUUAGGUCCGCCGAUUUUGGUAUUUUUGGGAAUUGUGGCACUGCACUGUCAACAUAUGCUGUUGCAAUGUGGAAAAGAAGUAGAAAAACACUUGGGAAGGAAACCAGAUUUGGCCGAGACUGGUGAAGGUGUGUUUGAAUUCGGACCGGAGAAAAUGAGGAAGAUGCAGAAAUGUAUGAAAAUUUUCAGUAAUGUCAUGCUGAUCAUUACUCAAACUGGAGUACUCUGUAUUUAUACCGUAUUCUUUGCUGAUAGUAUGAUGAGGGUAGCCGAACAUUGGGGUUACACAGAUCUGAGCAUUCAAAUGUGGGUCCUUAUUGCCUUCCCACCGAUAGUAAUUUCUUCCAGUACAUUGGGAAACUUGAAACUGGUUGGAUAUUUAUCGCUUUUUGCGAACAUUCUAACAUUUCUGGGCAUCGCUAUCACCAUAUACUUAUUGUCAGUGGAUCUUCCAGAGGAAUUCACUUUCGAGUGGUUUGGAGAUAUGGCCCAACUUCCUAUAUUCAUAAGCAUAGGAAUUUUAUCUUUCACAGCCAUACAAGUUGUUUUACCUAUUUACAUCGAAAGCAAAUAUCCAGAAAAAGUAGGAUCUCUUUUCGGUGUUCUCAAUGUGGCUGCUUUCAUUGAAGUGACUCUGACAAUACUGAUAGGAGUUCUUUCAUACAUGAAAUAUGGAAAAGAUUGCCGCGGAAGCAUCACGCUCAACUUCAAGAAUGGGAUAGCAGCUCAAAUUGUAGUUAUCUGUGUUGGUUUGGCAGUGAUGCUCUCCUACACUUUGAACAUAUAUGUAGUCAUUGAAGCCCUGUUUCCAGUAAUGUCAGAAAAGUGGGGCCCAUUUCGUCAUCCAAACAUCGGCAUAUUUUUUUUCAGAUUAGGUUGCAUUAUUUUUACGUUCAUCCUCUCAUGGACACUUCCGAUGCUGGGACAGAUCGUGGCUCUUGCUGGAGCUCUCGGGAAUACUUCGCUAAGUGUAAUUUUUCCGGCAUUAUUUCAUGUCAUCCUUAUGUGGGAAAACUCAUCAGUUGUAGUGAAAAUAAAGGACUUCCUGAUCCUUUCCCUCGGUAUUUUCAGUCUCACAGCAGGGACGGUGGCAGCAAUAUGGGAUAUCGUCAGAGAAAUCGAUAAAGUUUAUUUUCCGGAAGCAAAGAACUCGACGACGGGAUAAAUUAUGAAUUUACUAUGUGAGAAUAAAUAUAUAAGCAAAUAUUCCAA